AUGGCCAUGGGGAAACCUUGGCAAUCUCAAGCUGCACAAGUAGUCUAUUCGUAUUCCUACGAAGAAGAUUACUCGAGAGCUCUUUGGUGUCUCCAUAUUCUCAUAAUCUGUGGACUCAAAGGAUUCGUUCAUGUCUUAUGGAGCACUUACAACAACAUGCUUUUCUUGACUCGAACUUUAAGGAUUAAUCCUAAAGGUGUCGACUUUAAGCAGAUUGAUCACGAAUGGCACUGGGACAAUUACAUACUUCUGCAAGCAAUAAUAGCAAGCAUGAUCUGUUACAUGGCUCCACCAUUGAUGAUGAUGAACAGUCUUCCUCUAUGGAACACCAAAGGACUCAUUGCAUUAAUUGUUCUACAUGUGACUUUCUCAGAGCCUUUAUACUAUUUUCUUCAUAGAUUUUUCCAUCGCAACAACUACUUCUUCACGCAUUUCCACUCUUACCACCACUUAUCUCCUGUUCCACAUCCCAUGACCGCUGGAAACGCAACGUUAUUGGAGAAUCUAAUCCUCUGUAUCGUAGCUGGAGUUCCUAUGAUUGGUUCUUGCUUGUUAGGGGUUGGAUCAUUGAGUUUGAUCUACGGAUACGCUAUUAUGUUCGAUUUCCUAAGAUGUUUAGGACAUUGUAACGUUGAGAUCUUCUCUCACAAGCUAUUUGAAACUCUUCCAAUCUUACGAUAUCUUAUCUACACUCCAUCGUACCAUAGUUUGCAUCACCAAGAAAUGGGGACCAACUUUUGUCUAUUUAUGCCUCUCUUUGAUGUUUUGGGUAACACACUUAACCCAAACUCAUGGGAACUCCAAAAGAAGAUUCGUUUGGGUAAAGGGGAAAGGAAGAGAGUGCCGGAGUUUGUGUUCUUGGCUCAUGGAGUUGAUGUUAUGUCGGCGAUGCACGCGCCUUUCGUGUUCAGAUCGUUUGCUUCGAUCCCUUACUCGACGAGGAUCUUCUUGUUGCCGAUGUGGCCGUUCACGUUGAUGGUGAUGUUUGGCAUGUGGGUUUGGUCAAAGACGUUUCUUUUCAGCUUCUAUACACUCAGGAACAAUCUUUGUCAGACUUGGGGAGUUCCCAGAUUCGGAUUCCAAUACUUCUUACCGUUUGCUAAGAAAGGAAUUAAUGAUCAUAUCGAGAACGCGAUUCUUACAGCUGAUAAGAUUGGAGUUAAAGUCAUAAGCUUGGCUGCUCUCAACAAGAACGAAGCUCUAAAUGGCGGUGGAACUCUGUUUGUGAACAAGCAUCCUAACCUUAGAGUUCGUGUGGUUCAUGGGAACACAUUAACCGCAGCAGUGAUUCUCAAUGAAAUCCCAGAAGAUGCGAAAGAGGUUUUCUUGACAGGAGCCACUUCUAAGCUUGGAAGAGCCAUUGCGCUUUACCUCUGUCGCCGCGGAGUCAGAGUUCUCAUGUUGACAUUAUCGGUGGAACGGUUCCAAAAGAUUCAGAAAGAAGCUCCUGUUGAGUUCCAGAACUGUCUUGUACAAGUGACUAAGUAUAAUGCUGCCCAACACUGCAAGACUUGGAUCGUUGGGAAAUGGUUAACACCGAGGGAGCAGAGCUGGGCUCCUGCAGGGACGCAUUUCCAUCAGUUUGUGGUGCCACCGAUCCUCAAGUUUAGACGCAACUGCACUUACGGUGAUCUAGCAGCUAUGAGGCUCCCUAAAGAUGUUCAAGGACUUGGAACUUGCGAGGUAUAA